UGCCCAAGCCAUGGCCACACUUAUUCCCAAGUCCCUGAACGGCCUACCCUGGGAAAUACAGACUAUGCAUUUGAGAUGGCCAUUUCGAACAUCCGAUACGGAGAAGGAGUUACUAAAGAGAUUGGCAUGGACCUGCAGAAUCUUGGUGCUAGAAGAGUUUGUUUGAUGACAGAUAAAAACCUUUCCCAACUCCCUCCUGUAAAUGCAGUAUUGAAUUCCUUGGCAAAAUAUGGUAUAAACUUUCAGAUGUAUGAUAAUGUCCGGGUGGAACCAACAGACCAAAGUUUCCUGGAUGCCAUUACAUUUGCUAAAAAGGGAGAGUUUGAUGCCUAUGUUGCUGUUGGAGGUGGGUCUGUAAUAGACACCUGUAAAGCUGCCAACCUGUAUGCGUCCAGCCCUGCAUCAGACUUCUUGGAUUAUGUCAAUGCUCCUAUUGGGAAAGGGAAGCCUGUCACUGUGCCCCUCAAGCCACUUAUUGCAGUUCCUACAACAUCUGGAACUGGAAGUGAAACCACUGGUGUUGCCAUUUUUGACUUCAAAGAACUAAAAGUAAAAACCGGUAUCGCUUCAAGAGCCAUUAAGCCAACAUUAGGCAUCAUUGAUCCUUUACACACACUGUCUAUGCCUGAGCGAAUAGUGGCCAACAGUGGCUUUGAUGUGCUUUGCCAUGCUCUAGAAUCGUACAGACGCAGUCCCUGCCCUUCAAAUCCAAUCAACCGACCAGCUUACCAAGGCAGCAACCCCAUCAGUGAUGUCUGGGCUCUUCAUGCUCUGCGCAUUGUGGCUAAAUAUUUGAAAAGAGCCAUCAGAAACCCUGAAGACCGUGAAGCAAGAGCCAACAUGCACCUAGCAAGUGCUUUUGCUGGUAUUGGCUUUGGCAAUGCUGGUGUUCAUCUCUGCCAUGGAAUGUCUUACCCUAUUUCUGGUUUGGUGAAAACUUAUAAACCAAAGGAUUAUAAUGUGGAUCACUCUUUAGUGCCACAUGGCCUUUCUGUGGUGCUGACAUCCCCAGCAGUGUUUGCUUUCACUGCACAGAUACAUCCUGAGCGGCACUUGGAAGCUGCAGAGAUACUAGGAGCUGACAUCCGCACUGCCAGAAUCAAAGAUGCGGGGUUUAUUUUGGCAGACACGCUCCGGAAAUUCCUGUUUGAUCUGAAUGUUGAUGAUGGCUUAGCUGCAAUUGGUUAUUCUAAAGCAGACAUCCCCGCAUUAGUCAAAGGCACUCUGCCUCAGGAGAGAGUGACUAAACUAUCACCACGUCCCCAAACAGAAGAAGACUUAUCUGCCCUCUUUGAGGCUUCCAUGAAGCUUUAUUAGCUUAAACAUUUUGUUCCAAAAAGCGUGCUCUAUUCUAACACAAAGGUAAUUUGUUAUAGAUAUGGGGCUGAAUUUGUUUAGAGAAUGGAAGAACUUGUGUGUCUUUGACUUCUGUUCCAUUGUACACUGCCAAAAGGUCAAGUAAUUCAUCUUUAAGUAAAUAGUGCUCUGAAGUGAAGGCUUGACUGUGGUUUUUUUUCUUGCUGAGUAGUCAGUGCUAUUAACUUGCAUAAAAGUUGCAGCAGACUUCUCGCUUUACUGAAGGCUUUUUUGUGCUUUAGAGGUGGUCAAAGGUGGAAACGUGUUUUAAGGGAUAUUCCAAAAUAUUUCACACAUUAUGGUUUUUAUU